AUGACACUUUCCUUUUAUUUUCUCAGAAACACAGCUUCUGCUAUCAUGCAGUGUUCUACCAGUGAGCUCACCUGCUCGAUCUGCACAGACUAUUUCACAGACCCUAUCGCCAUUUGCUGUGGGCACAGAGUUUGUAGUCCCUGUCUCUGCCUCUUGUGGGAAGAUGCACAAACUCCAACUUGCUGCCCUGUGUGCAGGGAAGUAUCACAGCAAAUGAACUUCAAACACAUUACUUUUGUUAAGAAACAAGUUUUUCGUACCAGAGAAUCAGUCACCUGCCACGUAUCAAGCUCUGCCAUGCUGAUCUGUAGGAGACACCAGGAAACCAAGAACUUCACCUGUGAAACUGACAGGAGGCUCUGUUUUCUUUGCUGUCAAUCGCCAGAGCAUGCUACUCACAGACACUAUAGGAUAAAGGCUGAUGAAUACUAUAGGGAGAACUUCCUGAUGCAAAUGAAGUCCAUCUGGAAAAAAAAAAUAAAAAAUCAAAGAAAUCUAAACAGGGAGACCAACAUAAUACAAAAAUGGAAGGUUUUUAUACAUUUGCAGGUCAUGAUGAUCAGCGCUGAAUAUCCUAAGGUGCGUCAGUACCUCCGUGCAGAAAAGCAAAAGCACUUAGAGAGCCUGGCAAGUGAAGGCAAGAUGAUUUUUCUGCAACUCAGGAGAAGUGAAACUAGAAUGGCCAAGACGGGGAGACUCCUGAGAGGAAUGGAUGAGAAACUGAAGGAAAUAUGCUGGAAAGCAGAUAUGGCAGAUAUGAACCUGAUACAGGAUUUAGGAGACAUAAUGAAGAGAUAAGUUUUUUCUGCACUGGCCAUGCCUCAGCCUGUGAACCCACAGUUCAGUGCAUGGACCAUCACUGGGAUGUCAGAAAGGCUUAACUUCUUCAGAGCACAUAACAUACAGUUGCAGUUGCAAUAUUUUUCAGGUCAUCGUAAGAAAUGCAGUAAUCACAAACUCCUGUUCAAAGACUUGAGGUGUUUGCAAUGCAGUCUUGAUGAUACAGACAUGUCCUGUAAUCCAACAAACACAGAGUAUACUUCUUCAUGGGGAGCUCAGAUCCUUAGCUCUGGCAAACAUUACUGGGCAGUGGAUCUGAAAGACUCUUGUAAUUGGGUGAUAGGACUUUGCAGAGAAGCCUGGACAAAGAGGAAUGACAUGCAACUUGAGUCUGAGAGUAUCGUUCAACUUCUGUGUCUUAAAGUGGAUGACCAUUUCAGUCUCUUCUCUACUUCCUCAUUGUUACAUCAUUAUAUUCCAAGGCCCCAAGGCUGGCUGGGGGUAUUCCUGGAUUAUGAAUGUGGGAUAGUAAGCUACAUUAACAUUGCCCAAAGUUUCCUCAUUUGUAGUUUCAUCUCACAUAUUUUCUAUUUUCCUCUCAGACCUUUCAUUAGAUCCAUGGCUCUAAAUCAUCAGGGACAGGUUACAAACCUAACCAAGACUUUGGGAAUUCUAAUAGCAGUGGAGGCUACUAUUCUGGAUUGCUCCUCCUGCUCCGGGUGGGUCUUGUGCCCACCGGGGUACGUGCCCUCAAGCCUCAGGCCAGAGAAGCUUGGCCGCGGAAACUCGUCCUGUGACUCCGCGCCCCCACCAACCUUCCCCUCAGCGCGAGUGCCCGGCUCAGGUCACUCAGGGCGCGGAGACCUAGAACUCCGCCGCCACGCCGCGUCCCCGCCCCACGCAGCGGCCCCGCCCCUACGCAACGACCCCGCCCUACGCAACAGCCCCGCCCCUACGCAACGCCCCUGCCCUAACCACAGCACCACCGCCCUGUGCGGCGGCCCCGCCCCUACGCAGCGCCCCCUCCCUACCCAGCACCUCCACCCUACGCAGCGCCUCCUCCCUACGCAGCGCCUCCGCCCAGGCGUGCGAGGCACCACGCCCUCUUCUGCCCUGGGGGGCCUGGAGGGGGCCGCUUCAGAUCUCAGCCCUCGUUGUAGUCGCUGCCACUUGCGGGAGGGCGUGACAGAGGGGUGGCUUUCCCAGCGGGCUGAUUAG